CUGAAAAUUUUUAUUCCAGCUUUUGCCUUCCUUAUAUUUAGUCCGCCUUCUUCGCUGUGUAGUUGUGUAAUAUGCUAUGAGAACUUGAACAUUGAGGAUAUAUCGGCAAUUCCGUGUGGCCACACGUUUCACUACAAAUGUUUACUUAGUUGGAUACGGGCAAGUUUUUUAUGUAAAUUAACGACAUUACUUUCAACUUUUAAUGUCUUUUUUCGACUUUUCUUCUCUCUUGAAGGCAAAGAUGAUUCCGAAGGCAGUGCUGGUGGAAGCUUAAAUAACGAAAACAAAACUAGAGAGGUUAGUAUCCACAAUUUCCUUUUGGCUGUGUCACAAGACAUUUGCUAA